GGAAGAAGCGAAAGCGAGGAGUAAAAAGUAAGAUCUACGUUUGCUCCUCAAUCCAUGGAACACGUUAAUGAGUUAACUCAAUAAUUCCAUAACACGGUGAAAAACCAAAUUUCAUUUGAGUUAUAAUUUGUGCCCAUACGUGGGGCCAUCGCAGCGGAAAUCCAUAAAAGUCGAAACCGCAACGGUUCUUUCCUUAUUUUCGCGCACUCAGCUAAUGCCUUCCGUUAAUGGCUUCCGAAUCUUCCACACCUAAACCCCUAGCAAUCGACUCUUCCCUCUGCUUCGUCACUGCUAUCGAAUCGUUUUCGCGGCAACUGAGUUUAUCUCUUCCUCCGUUGAAACUUCCAUUCCGACCCCCUCCUUUUCCCUCCGAUUUCCCCCAAUCCAAACUCAUCCCAAAAUCCCGUUUCGUGGUCGACGCAUUUGCCCACGCCGGCGAUUACUCUCUUUCAUAUUUCCUUUCUCAUUUUCAUUCCGAUCACUAUGGUGGUCUCUCCCCUACCUGGUGCAAGGGUAUUAUCUUCUGCUCCCACCUUACUGCUCGCCUUUUGCUCGAAGUUCUCAAAGUCCCUCUGCCAUUCGUCUACCCAUUGCCGCUUCGGGAGCCUACAACAAUAGAUGGCUGUGAGGUAAUACUAGUUGAUGCCAAUCAUUGUCCUGGUGCAGUCCAGUUCUUGUUUAAGAUUCCUUGUGGGGAUGGGAAGUUUGAGAGAUAUGUUCAUACUGGGGAUUUUCGGUUUUUUGAUUCUAUGAGAGUCGACCCUGUUUUGGAAAUGUUUAUUGGCUCGGAUGCGGUUUUCUUGGAUACUACGUACUGUCAUCCGAAGUUUAUUUUUCCUUCCCAGGAGGAGUCUAUUGAAUAUAUAGUUAACAUCAUACAAAAAAUUGGAGGUGCAAGUAAGGGUUCUAUGGGGAACGUUCUUUUUCUAGUCGCAACUUAUGUGAUUGGAAAGGAAAAAAUUUUGCUUCAAAUUGCGAGUCGAUGUAAUCGUAAGAUAAUGGUGGAUGCUAAGAAAAUGACAGUCUUACGUGUUUUGGGAUAUGGUGAGAGCGGGGUGUUUACCGAGCAUGAAAGUGAAAGUGAUGUUCAUGUUGUUGGAUGGAAUGUGUUGGGUCAAACGUGGCCUUUUUUUAGGCCUAAUUUUGUUAGAAUGAAGGAUAUAAUGGUGGAAAAGGGUUAUUCGAAAGUCGUUGGUUUUGUUCCAACAGGGUGGACUUAUGAGUUUAAACACAACAAGUUCUCCGUAAGGUCCAAGGAUUCACUAGAGAUACAUCUGGUGCCAUAUAGUGAACACUCAAACUACAAUGAACUUAGUGAAUAUGUGAAGUUUUUGAGACCUAAAAGAGUUGUUCCCACUGUGGGUUUGGAUGUUGAUAAACUUGAUAGCAAGCAUGCUGAUAAAAUUAAAAAGCACUUUGCUGGUUUAGUUGAUGAAAUGGCCAACAGAAAAGAAUUCUUAAAAGGGUUUCAACGUGGAUCUGGUGAAAUGAGUGAUGAUGUUGAUGAAAAUGCCACAAAGGCUGAAACUGAGUUCCUGGAGUUCAAAGAAAAGGAAAUUUCAUCGUGUAUGAAGAUAAGUGUCAAAACCGAAGCAUCCAGUAGUGGUAUGGGUUUGUCUUCUCUGCAAGAAGUUGGUUCUACCGAUCUAUUUGAGUCAAAUGAUGGGGAACAACAGAAGAUUAUCCAGGAACUUCGUGAGUGCUUGCCUGCAUGGGUCACUCAGGAUCAGAUAUUAGAUCUGAUUAGCAGCUCUGGGAGAAAUGUUGUUGAUGCAGUUUCUAAUUUUUAUGAACGAGAAACUGAAUUUUAUGAACACAUUUCAACUCUAACGGAUAUCUGUCCCAAGUACCCAAGUAAAGUAUCAGAUAGCCCGUUUAUUUUUCCUGCAACAGAUAAUAAAAAGGUGGUCGUUUUGGGAGAAAUUGACAUUUCUUCAGGCCAUGCUUCAAAGUCAUCCAGUCCAAGGGGGACGGCCAAAACUAAAACUUCUCCUGCUAAAAGGAAGAGAAACAUUCAAGAUAAGCCCAAAAAUAAGUCGAGAAAGAAUUUAAUUCUGCAAUCUGAUGGGUCUAAGCAAUCUACAAUCACAAAGUUCUUCAGGAAAACUCCACAUUUUUCAGAUUGUCCUAAAAUGGAAUCUAUAGAAGAGCAAAAUUGUCAAGAUCAAAGUUCUCCAAACGGUAUUACCGAAUAUGUAAACAAGAUUGACAAGUUUAUUCAAAUAAUAAAUGGUGACGAAUCAUUAAAAACACUUGUUGCAUCAUUAUUGGUAAAGACAAACGGAGACAUGAAUAUGGCACUUGAUUUGUAUUAUACUAAUCAUCAGGAGAGACUUGGUCAAAAUGAAAAGGGUCACAUCUUCAGCGCGAACCCAAUCCAAACUGAAAGCAAUUCGGAUGAAUGCUUAUCUACUCAGAAGAAAAACAUGCUAGAAAAUAUUGGACUUGAGACUGAUUUGUCUAAGAAGAUAAAUGAAACUUUUGUAUCCCUUCCACCUGAAGAUUAUGAUCCAGUCAAGCAUGCCUGUUGGCGGUAUGGACAGCCUGCCCCAUAUAUACAUCUUGUACGUACUUUUGAUCUGCUUGAAGAGGAAAAAGGGAAGAUAAAAGCUACAUCUAUGCUUUGCAAUAUGUUUAGAAGUUUAUUGGUUUUGUCUUCUGAGGAUGUGCUGCCUGCAGUGUAUUUAUGCACUAACAAAAUUGCUGCUGACCAUGAAAACAUGGUUUUGUUACUUAACUUUAUUCUCUAUAAAUUAUGUUUCAAUAAUAUAAAAUUUACCUUGUGUUUUUGGAUGAGUGUUCUUUUACCUGAUGAAAGUUAUGCACGGAAGUUGUUACCUUUUAUCAUUAAUUGUUUUUCUCCCCAUUCAUUUUAAUGUAAUUUCAGUUAUUGGAGAUUGUGUGUUCGAAGAUAAAGAAAGGAAAAAAGAGUUAUGGGGAUUAAGAUGUGAAGUUUUCAGAGGAAAAUAUUCCUCGAUGAUGUGGACUAAGAUUAUUUUAUAUUAUUUUAUUUUUAAUCUUUUGAAGCAAUAAACUAGGAUUUUCUUGAGAGUGUUCUUGAUGGAAGUUCUUUUUUCCUGUUUCUUUUUCUUCCUUUUCUUCUUUUUUUCUUUUUUUUUUUUAUUUGUGGGAAGAGGGAUGGCUGAGGUGAAGGGUUUUGUCUUAAAGAUCUUCUGAAGAGGGAUGUACAGGGAUCUAAUGGUGUUUGGUCUCUUGUUAGGUUUGUUGUUUAGCUUUGGACGUUUGUAUGAAGGCUUUUUAUGAAAAUAUAUGAUAGGUUGUAUUUUACUAGAUUGGAGCCCUUCUUCUUUAGUUUGGAUUCCUUUGGUCCCCGGUUUUUUGUGGAUUCUCUUGUGUUCUUUUUGUUUCUUCUUGCUGAAAGUUGAUUUAUUAUAUAAAAACAAAUUUUAAUGUUUUCACAAGGAUAAGAAUUAAGAUUAGAGCAAACAAAGAGGGAUGGGACUAGGUAAUCUUUCUUUGUUAUUUAUAAUAAUUAUUCUUUUACAUUAGAAAGUAAUUUGAAGGUAACAUGUAUAAUCCACAUUUUUAUUGUACAAGGAUCAAAAAGAGGGAAAAGGAGAAGUAUCGUUAAUGUAUUUUCUAUUUUUCUCAAAUUCUACAAGUGAUAUGAGUUCUUUCAGGGAGGGGCUUCUCGCCACUCUUUUCUAGACUGUUCUUUUUUUUAUUAAUACAAAGGUAUUUCUUAUCAGAAAAGGAAAAUGUGCAUCUCUCUCUCUCAUUCAUGUCUUCGAAUAUUUGAAACUGAUUUAAUUUUUCUUUAUAAUAUUUUUUUUUCCCCAGUCUCAGAAUUAGAUUGAUGCAUCGGAAUAAUAGUCGUCUUUUGGAAACAAAUUCCUUAAGGAUGUUUUAUUGGCAUGUUUACAGCAUUUUUGGGCUUAUGCAAUUUGUAGAUGUUGCUUCAUAAUUAAUCUGUGGCUUCGUUUUGUUCAUAAAAUGAGAUUCCCAGCAUGCCCUGUUUCUUAUAUAUGGAUGAAUAUUAUUGGGAAUUUGAGUAUCUAGUUGAGUGUUCGUGGUCCCGUGGAAUGUUACUUUUUAAGAAGGUAAUUUCUCUCUCCUCUUUCCUCUCUUCUCUCUCCUCCUUCCUCCCCUGCCUUCUCGGCUCUUCCCCUCUUUCUGGUAGCUCCACAAAGACUGCAAUUUUGCUCUGAUCAGACUUCACUUUGGACUUUUCUGCAUUAGAAACAGAAACAGAUGGAAGUAAAAAGUUGCAGGAUGGACAAGUUGUAUUUUUGCAUUUGGCACGAAGAUGGGAUUUUUCAAGUAGAAGAUAUUGGCGCAGGUUUAAACAAAUCUAUUUCCAAAUCCCAGUUUAUUUGGUUCAUUGAAGCCAUCUCAGCUUUGCAUCGAUGAUCAGAGGACUCUACUUUUACAAGAAAGAAAAAUUAGAAAAUGGGACGGUGGAAGUUUCCAAGUUCAGAUAAAAAUGGUUGGGUGCUGAGGUGCAAUGUAUGGCAUUGUAAUGGCGGAAGAUCAAAUUAGAAGCCUUUUCGGUCAAGGUCGUGUAGAACAUGAGAUUCUGGACCCAGAAUCCCUGUUCGUAACCAUAGAUGGAAUAGCUUAAACAAACAAAAAAAGGAGUAAUUUUAAAAAGGGAACAUUUUCUUCUA